UGUCAUAUGUGGAAGACGGAUACUGUCAUCGCGCGGCGACUGCUGCCUGUGAAUGCGGAAGUGUGUCGUCUCCAGCAUAUGAAAUAAUUGAUUCAGAGGAAAGAAUCACCAUAAAGUGUGACAAAUCAUGUCGUGGAUACGUGAUAAGGAGCUGUCCAUGAUUGAGCGCCUGUGUGCAAAUGUGCUAAAGGCUGGCCCAAUGCCAAAACAUGUUGCUUUCAUCAUGGAUGGAAAUCGUCGCUAUGCCCAAAAGUGUCACGUAGAGAGGCAGGAGGGCCACUCACAGGGCUUUGAAAAGCUCGCAGAGACCUUACGUUGGUGUCUGAAUCUGGGUAUUUCUGAGGUGACUGUCUAUGCCUUCAGUAUUGAAAAUUUUAAACGUUCAGAGGAAGAGGUAGCAGGUCUGAUGGAACUUGCCCGCCAGAAGUUUACCCGACUACUGGAAGAGAAAGAAAAGCUACAGAAACAUGGUGUACGUAUUCGAGUUCUAGGAGACUUGAGUAUGCUUCCAUUGGACAUUCAGAAAUUGAUUGCACAAGCAAUGAUGGAAACCAGAGCCUACUCCACGUGUUUUCUUAAUGUUUGCUUUGCCUACACAUCCCGACAUGAGGUCACAAAUGCAGUGAGAGAGGCUGCCUGGGGAGUUAAAGAGGGACUGCUGGAUCCAAGUGAUGUGUCAGAGUCUCUCCUGGACCGCUGUCUCUACACCUCAAGUUCUCCUGAUCCAGACCUUCUUAUCCGUACCUCAGGGGAGGUCCGACUCAGUGACUUCCUUCUCUGGCAGACAUCGCAUUCCUGUUUGGUCUUCCAGUCUGUCCUGUGGCCAGAAUAUUCCUUCUGGAACUUAUGUGAGGCAGUCCUGAGAUACCAGUAUAACCACGCUGCCAUCCAGAAAGCCAAGGAAAUUCAGGUGCAGGAGCAAGCGCGACAUGAGUUGGAGCGCGACCAAGCCUGGGUUCAAGAGAAACUGUGGAGUGAGGAGCACACUGGUGGAAAUAACAAGCUACUUUCCCAGAAACUACUGCAGCAGUGCAAAGCAGAGAGGGAAAAAAGGAUACAGACUUUCGUACAAGCUCUGGAAAGGAAACAAUGGGAUAUUCUUGAGGGUCUCUGUACAACGUAAUGGACAGGGGAGCAGUACUGUCUUACUGUGGACAUGUACCUUUUAGAAACCAUUUUGUCCCCUAGCCACAAAUAAAUACUUUGGUUAUCCAAGUCUGGACAUGUAUGUCAAUUACUUGUGUGUAAUGUUACACACCCUCAGUAAAUGCAGAAUAUCCUCUCAUCUUACAGAAUAAACCCUGUAGAUAACCCAUGUCUGUUCUGCAUGUACGCUUGGUUGUAAAAUAACCAAACAUCUAAAAUACAUUCAUUUAAUUUAUUAAUCAUAAAAGUAUAAUGGUGACAUUUCUAUUUUAUGGAUAUACCGAAGAUCUGCAGAUUAUGCUGAAUGGUUGGCUAUUCAUUUUCAAUACUUAGACAUGGUAACCCACCCAUAGUAUGUUGGGGAAGGAGCCUCUGAUUAAAUAUUGUGUAUUUUAUAACAAAGUGUAUUAAAUUAGAUUUCUGCCACA